CGGAAUAGCCGGACACACAGGACCGAUCUGGAGUGCUGUCCUGAAUUUCUGAUAUAGCCUCAGGAACAGUACUACUAAUAGUGCCACUGUACAAGCAGUGGAGUGGAGCUCCUCAAGUUCAUCACCCUCCUCACACUACUGCUCAUUCCUCUCCUCUCAGAGAAGGGACCUGAGAAGUAGAAGCAGCUUUUGGACAAGAAAAGAAGGCAAAGGUAUCAGCAGGUCAAAGCUUUAGUAGGUGAUCGACUCCUCAUCAACAACUCCAGGCUCCACUUGUUGUGGAUGAUUCAUCUGUAAGAUUUCAGGGGUUUGCCUAGCUAGCCUCCCUUGUGCAGGCUUGCAAUGGAGGAGGGCUUCUUGAGCUCAGUGGCGGAGACCUGCAGAGGAGCUGUAACCGUGUAGCCCCCUUCCUAAGCAGCAAUGUACCACAACCGCUCCAAGAGUGAUUCUAUUAGAGCGCUCAGAAUGGAUAGCGUGGAUUCGUCUUCUCCGAGGUGCCAUGCUCGGCAUCAGCAGGAUGUCGGAGAACUGAAGGAUCAGAACAGCACCAGCAAGAUGCCGUCCCAUGCUUCUGAGCUUCCAUGCUCUUUGAAGCGAGAGGUCCAAAUCCUUGAGGAACGACUAAAUGAUCAAUUUGUCAUGCGCCAUGCUCUUGAGAAAGCAUUAUGUUACAAGCCUUGUGCUAUUCGUUCAUCAAAUGAGAGCUGCAUUCCAAAGCCAACUGAGGAGCUAAUAACGGAGAUUGCAGUACUAGAGCUAGAGGUCAUAUGCUUGGAGCAACAUCUCUUAACACUCUACCGAAAGGCCUUUGAACAACAAGUUUGCACUGUAAAUUCUGCUUGUGACAUGAAAAGUAACAAGCAACCAGCAAGGUCUUUUUCAGGCAUACUAUCAGAAGCUUCAGAGCUCGAUUUCUCAACCCCAAGGAAGCACCAACUGGUGCAGUCCAGUCGAAUGGUCCUGGCACGCAAGUCGACACCGACAACUUCUACAAGUGAAAACAGCAUCUCACAGCACCACGAAAAGACCAAUAUUGGACGCAGUCAUUCCUCGCUCCUGCGCCGUUCCAUUUGCUCAGCCAGAGUUUCUCCUUCGGCAAGCAACCUUGCUAGAGCUAUGAAACAAUGCCAUACUUUGCCUCUAUCUUUUGUUGAGGAAGGGAAGUGCAUGGAUCCUAGCAUAGUAAGUUUGGCAGAUAUCCUGGGGACCAGGGUUGCAGAUCAUGUUCCUCAAACGCCUAACAAGAUAUCCGAGGACAUGAUCAGAUGCAUUGCUGCCAUAUACAUAAGGCUCAGAGACGUUCCUGCCGUGCAAGAUGCCUUCUUCCCCUCACCAUGCUCAUCCUUUUCAUCGGCAAGUGGACUAUCUUCCAAAUAUACUGCAGAUAUAUGGAGCCCAAGAUGCAGGAAAGAGAGUUUUAUUGAGGCGUGGCAGGACAACGCAUUAGGCAAUGGUGAAUCAAAGGAGUUGGGUCUGCAAUAUGAUACUGUGGUUGAGGUAUCUGCUCUUUGCAAGGGAGAUCAGAGGUCUGCUGAUGUUAAAGAUAUGUUGCGCAAAUAUACGUCACUUGUACAGCUGCUAGAAACUGUUGAUCUCAGUGGAAUGAAAAAUGAAGAAAAGCUUGCUUUCUGGAUCAAUGUGCAUAAUGCCAUGAUGAUGCAUGCCCAUAUUGAGUACGGGAUUCAGCAGAGUAAUAGCAAGAGAAUAUUGCUUACCAAGGUAUCCUACAUUAUUAGUGGUCAAAGAGUAAACAUGGAGUUGAUAGAGUACCAGAUAUUGUGUUGCCGAGCACACUCUUCUGGACAGUGGCUUAAACUACUACUCUACCCGAAAUGGAAGUCCAGGGACAAGGACGAGCUUCGAGGCUUCGCCGUCGACCGCCCUGAACCUCUCGUGCACUUCGCACUGUCCUCCGGAGGCUACUCGGAUCCAGUGGUGCGGCUGUACAGCCCGAAGCGGCUGUUCCAGCAGCUGGAGGCGGCCAAGGAGGAGUACAUCCGUGCCAACGUCGGCGUCCGCAGCCGGGGUCACAAAGUCAUGCUCCCCAAGAUACUCGAAUCGUACGCGCGGGACGCCGGGCUGGGCGCGCAGGAGGUGGUGAGCAUGGUGGAGUCCCACCUGCCGGAGGGCCUCAGGGAGGCCGUGCGCCGGCGCCAGGAGGGCGUGGAGUGCAAGCCCCACAGACUGGCGUUCAGGUACCUGCUGGCCAAGGAGCUGGUCGGGCUUGGGGCCCCCGCGCGCGGCAGGCAGACAGAGAGCGGCCCGCUUGGUGCGUGCUGAUCAGUGAUUAGAUGGAUCACCGUGGCUGCGCCGAGCGGAGCCCAAGGUGUAACGAGAUUUGUGAUGUGCGUGAGCUGCGUGGCGCUUUUUUCCGGCGGGGUGGGGUGUGUUUGUACAGAGAAAAGGACAGAGGCCAUGUGAUUUAGGGCCUAGUUCAUAUACUA